UGCGGGCGCCUGCGCAGUGGGGAGGGUCGCUCGCGCCCGGGCGCUGCGGAGAGCCGUCGGAGCGUGGCCGCGGCUGCGGAGCUCGAACUGCCUCGCCAUGGCGGAGGAGGAGCUGGAGGCGCUGAGGAAGCAGAGGCUGGCCGAGCUGCAGGCGAAGCACGGGGAGCCUGGCGAUGCAGCACAGCAGGAAGCAAAGCACAGGGAAGCAGAAAUGAGAAACAGCAUCUUAGCCCAAGUCCUGGAUCAGGCAGCCCGGGCCCGCCUAAGUAACUUAGCACUUGUAAAGCCCGAAAAAACUAAAGCAGUAGAGAAUUACCUCAUACAGAUGGCAAGAUACGGGCAGCUGAGUGGAAAGGUAUCAGAACAAGGUCUAAUAGAAAUCCUUGAAAAAGUAAGCCAACAAACAGAAAAGAAAACCACAGUUAAAUUCAGCAGAAGAAAAGUCGUGGACUCUGAUGAAGAGGACGAUUGCUGAGUUUCAGAUGUUUGGAGACCGGGGCUUAACGGAGCAGCAGCCCUAGGGCAGAUAACACUUGGGGGAAGCAAACAUCUGUUUGUUUACUUUGUUUAGUGUCUAUAUGCCCUUUAAAAAAAUAAAGUUGUUAUGCAAAAUAAAA